AACGUUAAUACGCCACGGUCUCUGGAUGAGAAAUGUUGGUCCUUCUUCUCCUGAUUGCCAGUUCUUUGGCCAUUCAAACGGCAGCCACUACGACACCAAGUCCCGCGGUCACCGAAGCUGGUGAUGCAGCUCCUGCAGGAUCUCAAAAUGAGGCGGUGCCAGGAAAGAGCUCCUCUGAAACAUCGCAAUACUGCGAACGCUCCUUGUGCCACCAGGACCUCAAGCAUGUGGCUUGCAACACAACAGCCGAUCUGCACGACAAGUGCUCUCUAGACGCUGAGAUCCUAGAGAUGACGCCAAAAAUUGAAAAAUUUCUACUGAGGCGUUUCAAUGAGUUGAGGGAUAGCGUGGCCAAGGGAGGAUUCAACGGAUUGAGUCCUGCUAGCCGUAUGGGCACCUUGAAGUGGAACUCGGAACUGGCCUACCUAGCUUCCUUCAAUGUGAAGGAUUGUGUCCUGAGGCACGACGAGUGCCGCAACACGAACUUCACACAAAACGCUGGCCAGACGGUUGGCUAUCGAGGCAUUAGAGGAAAAGUCCCAGAGCUGGAGGACAUCCUUAGGGACAUCAUAGGGGUGUGGAUGCGGGAGAACGCCGGCACUUCGAUGGUGAACAUCAUGAAAUAUAACGACCUAGAAGAUGGGUCGCCGAAGUACAACUUCAUACAGAUCGUGUUGGAGAACGCCGAAUUUGUGGGCUGCGCCAUCGUUCAGCAGUCCCGGAACGGCUGGUUUCAGACGUUCUUCACGUGCAACUAUGGCCACGCCCCCGUGGUGGGUGAGCCCGUCUACGAGUCCGGGCAACAGGCGGCGGAGAACUGCAAGUCCGGAGUAAACCCGAAAUAUGUACAUCUCUGUGCGGAGUCCGAGGUCUACAAACAGGUGACUCCCAGCGGAGGAAAUGCGUCAGAUGCCGAAGUUAAAGCGAGAACUUUUGGGAAACGAGACUUUGUCAUGCUCAACAGCGAAACCGAUGAAGCCAAUCCACCAGUAGUACAACCUAGAACUGAAGCUGAAGGAGGAGCGCCGGCACCAGCAGCCGAUGGAGCAGCACCGCCGGCCGCCGCUCCAGCAGCCGAGGGAGGUGCAGCUCCUCCUGCAGAAGCGGGAACCACUCCAGCAGCCGAAGGUGCAGCGCCCGAAGUCACUCCAGUGGCUGGAGAAGCUCCCGCUACCGCACCACCAGCAGCUGGAGGGACACCCGGUUCCGGAUCACCGGCAGGGGAAGAAGCUCAUGUCGAAGGGCUACUGGAACCCAAGCCGACGCCCCUAGAGAAGGCUGCGCUGCAGAAGAAAUUCGCCCGGUUCCUGGCGCUGAUGAAGCGGGCUGAGAUGUUUCAUGGUCGCCGCAAGAUCGUGGUCAUAUCCAGCAAUCACGAGGUGGAAGAUGACCGCGUGCAGCAAGAAGGCGGGCAAGCCGAUUCAACUAAUAGCACCAUGGAAAGCGCUCCCUCCAGCCGCAGUGGAAUAAUGACCAGGUCGAGAAGUAGCCAUGGUCGCAGGCGAAGUUCCUAUUGGGCUCCGCAAUGGGUAGCAAUACCUUGAAGUGCUAUACCCAAGUGCAAUUCCUAGUGUAUCCUGAUUGUAUGAUAAAGUCAAAUGUUUUAAAUUAUAUUGAAACAUAAUAAAAAAAAUUGCACAAUCUUAAA